GCCGGGCAACCUCGGAAUGCAAAGUCUGUUUGAGAACCCGGCGCGCAGGGCAGGUGGCAGCCGGGAGAGAUGGACGUGGCGACGAAGCCCCCCGGCAUCCCCCCAGCGAUGGGCCUCUACGCGGAGAAGCACAACAUCUUCCAGCUCAUGCAGAGCAUGAUGGAGGCGCUCCUGAUCUACCAGCCGGCGGAUCCUAUUGACUUCAUGAUAGAGCACCUGAAGAAGAACAACGACGAGGUGCCCCGAGUCGUCCUGGUGGGUCCAACUGCCUCUGGGAAGACCACCAUUGCCCGCUGGCUCUGCAAGCACCUCAGCGCGGUGUACCUUUGCCCCCAGGAGCUGGUGCGCAACAAGUUGCUGAAGGGGGCCCGGGAAGCCAUGGCCCGCCAAGCCCGAGGCGAGCCCAUCCCGGAGGACCUCUGGGCCGCCCUGCUGGAGGAGCGCUUGAACGACGUGGACUGCGAGAAGCUGGGCUGGGUGCUGGAUGGGUUCCCCGAGACGAGGAAGCAGGCCUUGGUGCUUCAGUCCGUGGGCAUCGCCCCCCGGCACGUCGUGGUCCUCCGUGCCCCGGACACGGUCCUGGUGGAAAGAAACUUGGGCAAACUAGUGGACCCCGUCACCCAAGAGGUCUACCACACCACCUUUGACUGGCCGAUCGACUUUACGGUGCAGAAGCGCUUGGUGAGGCCGAAGGGCAUCUCUGAGCAAGCGACCGCCAAGCGCCUCCUGGAAAGCCAUCGCAACCUCCCAGGCCUCAUCCUGACCUUCCAGGGGAGCCACAAGGUCAUCAGCGCUGACCAGCCCUGUGUGGAUGUCUUUGCCCAAGCCCUGAAUUUCGUGCAGAGCCGUCCGCGCUCCUACGCCCCCUUCACGCCCCGGAUCUUGCUCCUGGGACCCCCUGGCAGCGGCAAACGCCUGCAGGCCGCUCUGCUGGCCCAGAAGUACCAGCUGGCCAACAUCCACUUUGGGGACCUGCUGCGAGAACAAGCGGCCGCCCACACGCCCGUCGGUGAACUCGUCAAGCCCUUCUUUGGCAGCGGCUACCCCGUGGCGGACAGCAUCGCCCUGCGGGUCCUGAAGGACCGCUUGCUGCAGCAGGACUGCCAGACCUACGGCUGGGUGCUGCACGGAUUCCCCCGCGACGUGGACCAGGCGGACCUCAUGAAGCACACCGGCUUCGAGCCCAACCGUGUCUUCUUCCUCAACUUGCCCACAGAGGUCGCGAUGCAGCGUCUCUGCCAGCGGGCCACCGAUCCGGUCUCCGGGGAGAGGUACCACACCCUCUUCAAGCCGCCCACCGAGGAGGAGGUGCACCAGCGCCUCCGCCGCAACCCCAAGGAUGCUCCCGCACGGGUAGAGAAGAAGGCCGAGUACUACCACCGGCAGGUGGUGGACCUGGAGGAAUAUUACGAGGACGCCGUCUUUCUCAACGCUGACCAAGACCCCUACACCAUCUUUGAGUACAUCGAGAGCUGCCUGGUGAAGCCCCUGCCGGUCUCAAAACUGGGGGCACAGCCCCUCACUCACAGUGGAGGCCACGUGUGAUAGGAGAGAGGAGGGGGUCACCGAUGGACGGCAACAUUUUGAUUGGCGUUAAAGUUUAAGGGGGAAUGGGAAAGAAUGUGGCAACAGCCUCGGUUUCAGAGGGAGGCAUGAGGCCGUCUUGGGGGGGGGGGUUUCCACUUGGAAAAAGAUGAAAAAGAGAAAGAAAUGGAAAAGGGGAAAUGCAGUGGGGGGCGUGCGCGGGGAGAUCCUCGGAAGGAUAGUGGGACAGACGGCAGUAAAGGGGAGUAAGUGGGAGGCCGAGGACAACCUUCUGUUGCAUUUUAAACCAUGUUUGACUCAA